AUGCCGCCCCGCCGUGCACGUGUGGCACCUCGCCGCCUGAUCGAGACUAUCGGGAGUGAUCCAGCCACUUCUCAUCCGACUGAGAGAGUCCAGGAGGAUGAGGCUGAUCAGACAGUACUGAAUGGACCAGAUCAUGGCCAGGAGAGCAGGAUGGGAGGUCCGACCCAGGUGAUGGAGCUGAUCAGAGAGGUCGUUGGGUUAGUCCGACAGCAGAGGGGACCACAGCAGCUAUUUCCCUCUGCUAGUUCUUCAGAUCAGGGGAGGAGUAUAGCAGAGUUCAGGAAGUUAGCUCCUCCGGCCUUCAAGGGAACUACCGAUCCCCAAGAGGCCGAAUGGUGGAUAGAUGAGAUGGAGAAGGCCUUCAGGGCCAUGGGUUGUACUGAGGAGGAGAAGAUCAGAUUUGCCACCUAUAUGCUUCAAGACCGGGCUCAUCAUUGGUGGGAGUCUGUAGAGAGGACCAUGAUGCAGGAUGCAGGAUCUGUGACCUGGCCGGGAUUCCGCAUGGCCUUCUACUCCAAGUAUUUCCCUUCCAGUCGUAUCAGGGAGCUGGAAAGGGAGUUUCUGAGCCUCUCUCAGGGGAGUAUGACUGUGGAGGACUAUGAGGCUGAGUUUGAUCGGUUGUCCCGUUUUGCACCAUCUCUUGUCCAAGACCCUAAAUCUAGGAUGAGUAGAUUUGAGGAAGGACUGAGGCCUCGCCUGCAUCAGAGUUUAGCUGCUGUUCACUCGACUGAUUAUGAUGACCUAGUUGACAGAGCUAAAAAUAUGGAGAUCAUCUGGAAGGAGACACAGGAUGCUCAGAAAGGGAAGUCGAAGAGGACCAGGGACUUUGAUUCUGACGGUGAGCGGCAUCUGCGCCGACCUAUGCAGUUCCGUCCAGGAGCAGGGCAGCGAGUUCCAUAUGGGAGGACUGCACCGGAUCGCAGGGGGAUAUCAGGAGUGUGCUUCAGGUGUGGCCAGACUGGACAUAGAGCUGUUGAGUGUCGUCAGACACGACCUGGUAUUGGAGCAUAUUUCAGGUUUGGUCAGCAGGGCCACCGGAUAGCUGAGUGCCCUCAGACUCAGACUUUUUCUGGAGUUUGUUUCGGGUGUGGUCAGCCAGGUCACAGGAUUUCCAGUUGUCCUCGUACCAGAUCCGCACAGAGGCCACCGACUUCUAUAGCUCCUCAACGACAGACUUCCUUCACUCCAGUACAGGCUACCCAGUCAGCUGUCCCCAGGCAGCAAAGGGGAGGAGGAUCUCGUACCCAGGGACGAGUUUAUGCACUGACCCAGCAGGAUGCUCAGGCAUCCAACACUGUAGUGACAGUGCGAUUUACACUACUCUUCCUUAGAGAGGGAAUUAUGUAUUAG